UCGCUGAUAUUCAAGGCAAGUACACCCAAAGUUGAUCUGUUAUAGAUAUUACGGAGGAGGUAUGAGUUUCGUUAUCGGCAUGACCAUUGUCGGUACUAUGUUAAACGAGCAUAAAAUAACGAAACGGCAAAAGACAAGGGCUAUUAAGGGGUUAGAAGCAAUCCACAAGCAUGGCAUCCUCCACAAUGACAUUCGGGAGGAAAACAUCCUAAUUAACGAUAACUGAUUGACUUCGGGAUAGCAAGUCGGGCGAACACAAAAAAGAAGAGAAAGCUUUUUGAGCCGGAAAUGUCAGGUGGUUAGUUAGACUG